CCGCCUCCGCGAUCGCAAACCCGGAAGACGCGCUCUGGCAGCUGGGAGUGUGCGCCGGCCCGGCGCGGCCAUGCAGCCCCUGGUGGUAGAUCUGGCUCCCGCUCCAGCGAGGGAGCCGAGACUGACCCGCUGGCUGCGGAGAGGCAGUGGGAUCUUGGCGCACCUGGUAGCUUUGGGCUUCACCAUCUUUCUGAUUCUGCUGUCCCGGCCAGGAACCAGUCUUUUCUCCUGGCACCCUGUAUUCAUGGCCUUGGCGGCCUCCAAGCUGGGCCUGAGGCUCACUGGCCCUCUCCUGUGUUCACAGUUCUGCCUCUGCAUGGCUGAGGCCAUCCUACUCUUCUCGUCUGAGCACUCCCCGUUCUUCUUCUGCUCCCGAAAGGCCCGGAUCCGACUCCACUGGGUGGGGCAGACCCUAGCCAUCCUCUGUGCAUCCCUGGGCCUGGGCUUCAUCAUCUCCAGCAGGACUCGCAGUGAGCUGCCCCACCUGGUGUCCUGGCACAGUUGGGUAGGGGCUCUGACACUGCUGGCCACUGGUGGUCAGGCCCUGUGUGGGCUCUGCCUCCUCUGUCCGCGGGCAGCCAGGGUCUCAAGGGUGGCUCGCCUCAAGCUCUACCAUCUGACAUGUGGACUGGUGGUCUACCUGAUGGCUACUGUAACGGUGCUCCUGGGCCUGUACUCAGUGUGGUUCCAGGCCCAGAUCAAAGGUGCAGCCUGGUACCUGUGCCUGGCGCUGCCCCUCUAUCCAGCCCUGGUGAUCAUGCACCAGAUCUCCAGCUCCUACUUGCCAAGGAAGAAAAUGGAAAUGUGAGUUCCUCUGAGCUCUCAAUCUAGAUGGGACACUUGCUUUGGACUUCAAUGGUUCCUUUGGUGACCUUCAAGGGAUCCACUUCAGAAGUGGUAGGGUUUUUGUACUUCUUAGCUUGGCCAGGGGCUGCAGAAACCCAAAUUGCUAUUAUUGAUGGAUGACUCAGUGGGCCAAAAUGGGGAAGUAUACUGGGUACAAGUGGAAGGUGAUGUGGCGCUUGGUCCUGAAGCCUCCACUCUUGAUGGGAGACAGAAGUGUUGGGUGGUGGUGGUGAUGGUGUUGGCACACAUUUCUUUCUUGCAUGCCUGAUAAACAGUUGGGUUCCUGUAACUUAUGAAUGGCAGCUAUGGCUCUUUGGGUCACUUUUGAGAAAGCAGUGUGCUGUAGUGGAGAGCCCAUGGGUCUUGUUUAUGGGUUAUCAUUCUCGUAGGCUCUAUAGUGCAACCUUAGGCAGGUCACAUGUCUCAGGACCUCACUUUUCUCAUCUGUGUAACAAGUGAGUGUUUCCAAACAAUCUCUUAAACAUUCAGUGUCUGUUGGGUUGAUGUCACAGAACACCCUCCCAGCUCUGGACCAUGGGCUGGACCACUCAGCAGACUCAGGAUGUAAUUGUUACAUUCAUUAUCCCCUUACCCCUCUGGAGGGACAGGUCUACCCUCAUGGCCUUCCAGGAAUCUGUGCCAAUUUGGCCCCUGGACCAGGGCACAAGGGGUCAGGCCCUGUGGAGAGAAGGGGCCCAGGUGAGGGUUUCCUGAACUCCCAGACAGUAAAGGCACUAAAGUCACUUUAAAGCUUUUGGAGAAGGACAUUGGCUUAACGAAGCCUAUGGCUCCUGGCUGGGCUUCUUUGCCCAGCUAAGAACUUCCUUAGCCCACCUCAGGAUCUGGGCUUGAAGGCUGCAGGACAUGAGUGUGUUCCUUCCCUUGACAUCCAUUCUCAGUGGCAAAGUAGUCCUGAGCAUCUCACGUUUUGCCCUUCUUAGGGCUCAGGUUCUUGCCUUAGCAUAUAGCUUUGUGGAGCUAUUCCGAAGCUUUUAGAACAAAAUAAGAACCAAGGAAGUGGGGCAGGGCUCUUCUGAUCUUGGGAAGACCAAGUCUCCUUGGUUCCUCUUUUCUCCUUGUCAACUAAGCUUUCCUCAGUUGUCAUCUCUUGCCAGCUCUUUGGCCCUGGAAGGGGCUGAGUUUAGUGCCAGCAGGCAAAUGAGGGCCGGUCCCUCUUCCCUGCAGAGACCCCUCCUUGUCCCAAACUGGAAGUAGUUCCCCAGACUGCCCUCGGCACUGAGGGCUGGAUGCCAGACUGGUUAACUGUGGUCUGGCUCAGUUGGGGAGAUGGAACCUCCAUAGAUCAUGGCAAGGACUGAAGACGGCUGAGCCAGGAAUGCUGGUGUGGAGGCAGACAGAGAUAGCUCAGUGGAAACUCUGGGAGGCCUGGGAUGUAGAGGCUGGAGCUCGGGUCCCAGGAGCAGGGGGAGGCAUUCCUAGAUGGCAGUAUUUUGGUUGUUCCAGGUCUUUUGAAGGCUCAAGACCGCCUUUCUGGGUGGCUGAGAAGCAAGGAGGUUGGUAUGAUUCAGCAGUACAGGGAUGGAGACUGCAAGGGCAGAAGUGUCCUCUGAGUGGAUCUCACCAGGCUCCUCCUGGGUCACAUGGCAUCUCCCAGGAGCUCUUCAGACCUUAAGCAUGUAAAGGGGGCCACUGUUGUGCUGAGGGUGAUUGUUCCUGUCUCUUUCAUUGCCCUCUCUCCCCUCUCAAACUACCCAAUGUGGUCUGAACUUGGAAGAGAUGGUUACUGGGGCCGCCUGGAGGAGAGUCUCACCUGGGGUCACUUUGAUCAGGGGUUCCAUCUCCUCUCCCCGUAUCCCAGCCAGUGCUGGGAGUCUCACCCUGUCUACAGCAGCGGGGGAGGGCUGGGUAAGGUUCACCAGCUUGUUCUGAGAGCCAAGCAGACGACGCCAUAAAGCCUGAGCCUGCCUGAGGUGUUGCCUCCUCCCAGUUGGUGCGGGGGCUGGUGGGCGGGCGGGCAGGCGGGCUGACAGCCGGCAGUUUGCGUGGGCUGUGCCAGCUGAUGUCUAUUCCCAGCCCUGGGAGGAAGGGGGAAGUCAUUUAUAUUCUGCAGGAGGAAAGGGGCCCCAGCUGUCACCUCUGACCAGUAGGCCUGGAGGGCAGGGGCACAGGGCAGAGAGGAGGGCACAGCUGGUCUCCUUUUGCUUAGAUGUUCUGACUGUAGUUUAGGGAGUAGGUCACCAGGAGGAGCCCUUCUUCCUGGCCGGCCAGAUUGUGGGGGACUUCCUUCCCCUCCCCUCUUUGCAUUUCUCCCUCCACACCACCUGCCCUCACAUCCUGGGGCAGCAGCUGGACAACCGUUAGGCCUCAGUGCCAGGGCACUCUUCCUCCAGCUGGGAUCUCGGUGGCUGCCGGCUGCAUAAGCCUCCUGCUUCCCUACACGCUCUCUUCCCCCCACUCCCUGUAUCUCCCCAUCUGGGAUAUAAGCUGGGCUCCUCAGCAGUGAGGCAGAGGCCUUGGGAGAGAAGCAAAUGGCUGCCCUCUGCCCUUGUCCCCUGGUUAGGGAAGGGUGCUAGUAGUCAGCCUGUUUUGCCUUUUUAAAAAAAGCCAGAGUGCUCAAAUAAAAAAAUUGCAUGUCAUUUGCACAAAUUUGCAUAGCAGGCUCACUAAGUCCUGAUUCCAAAUGUGAUUAUAUUCAAACUCAACCUUGAGGACAUUAGAAAUAUGGAUGGUUUUUGUAUCCAAAUCGUAAUAGUACCAUUCUGGGCUCAGAUGCCCCCUCCAAUCCCCAUCUUUCCCAUAACCACCCCUUCCCUUGAGCCCCACUGUGGCUGGGGGUGGUGUUGAAUGGCAGGAGCUCUGUGCCUGGGGAAAUCUUCCAGACUCACCUUCUUGGCUCUUCAGCUGCAUCAAAGGUAGGCUGCUAUCCCUCUUGCCAGCCUGUGCCUCCUCUCUCCCCAACCUCUCACAGGGCAGACUGUCCCUCCCCACUCCCUGACACUGGCGUGUCCCUUCUUUCUCAUUGUCCCCACCCUUCCACCCCCGUGCAUGGCUGCUAUGGGUCUUGUUUUUAAAACCUCACUGUGGGAGAUCCAAGCAUCCUCCCUGAGCCAGCUGGCUGCUGUGCCAAGGCCUGUUCAGAGUUAAUAAUAAUCAUUAGCUGAACAGUGCUGGGGCCUUUCAGCUCCAGAUCUCCAAGCACUUGCAGGCUGAGUCAGCCAGCCCUCACCUUCCCCCUUUUCCUGGGCUGCAGAGUGUAACAGAAUGGGGAGGCACUGUGGGAGGGGAGGAGGGUCAGGAGUCUUACCUCCCAGCCAUAGCUUCAGGCUUCUUUCCUCUGGGAGUGGGCCCUGGGAGACCUCUGAGUAAACAAAUAAGGCCUUUUCACCUGACAGAGGUCAAGAUGUAGGGAACACAGUGUAUGCUCCGUUGACACUGGUAGUAGCAGUGGCAGCCGUUGACCCUGAACCUCUGGUCCUCUUGCCCUUCCUUCUGUUUUCCUGUCUUGGCCUCCAGAGGACACCCUUGGUCCUGACACCUGACCUCAGCAUUUCCAGUGGCCCCCUCCAGGCUUAGGGAGCAGGGAGGCCUCUGGUAGUGCUCCCACUGCCCCUGUGUCUGGUUGGCAAAAAGAGCCUGUAUACAUGAAGUGAAAAGUGCAUCAACCUGAAACUAGGAAACCUGUAGUCUGGGUUUACUCAGCCCCUAACAAUGGUGUGGCCAUGAGCAAAUCUCUUACUGCUGGACCUACCUCACAGGGAUGUUGUGAGGGUUAGAUGGGAGAACAUGCAUGUUAACAGGCAUUGCAAAGUUCAAAGCAUUAAACAAAUGUCAACAGGUGGUAUCAUGUUCUUGUCCUUAUCUCUCUUUCACUCAGCCUGGCUCUGCGCUUUAUGUUUCAUUUAGGGAGGCAAUAAACAGUUAUGGAUGGUGAUGCUUAGGGGACCCAAGCCUCAGAGGGGUUGUACUGCUGGCCAUCGUAAGAGAACACAGACACAUUUCCUCUUUCUAGAUGCAAGGUCAGCUCUCAUCCAUUCCUGCCAGGAAGGCCACCAAGGCUAUGACUCGAGCGAAGCUCGCCCUAAGUGCUGCCUGCCUGGUGUUUUCAAGUCAUGGGGCUGCCUGCAAAUCUGGGUGUUAGUGCAGUUAUCCCCUGGGUCCAGCCUGAACUUCCUGGAGCUGCUCUUAGUCUGGAGCUGCUGGUCACAAGUCUCUCUCAAUCUCUCCUACCCAAUUCUGCUCUUCUGAGGGAAAAGUGGAGCAGAAAAUCCAGGAGGGGAGGAGCAACAGUAAUGGACACAACACUGCCUCUGGUUUCCCCUGUAGCCAGAGGCUGAGCAAUGCCGGCCUCAGGCCUUAUGCCAGGCAUGGAGGUGCAGAGCUGUGAGACAUGGCCCCGGCUUGUUCACAAGUUUGUUUCUCUUUCCUUGUUUCAGACUCUUGAAGUAGGAUCACAGUCCUCCCCUCCUCAAAGCACUUUAUUGGAAUUAAAACACACUCAUACACACAUACACAUACAUACACACACCAUGAGAACAGUUCUGUUUAAAUUUUAAAUUAGGAGAAGGAUACUUUCCAUUCCAUUUGUCUGAGAACAGCCAGCAGUUGCCUGGAGUGGACAGAGAGAGGCAGGAACAACAGUAGUGCAGAGGCUUCAGUAUUCAUUUUUUUAUCUUAAUUGUUUUUUUUUCUGUCCUGGGAUCCAGGAGUGAAACACUAGUCAGGCAUUGUGGGCACAGCCUCAGCACUUCUCACCAGCACAGGCACAGAGAAGACAGCUGAAAGGCAGAAGGAUAGUGUCCCAAAACUGCCCUGGAGGGGGCUCUGAAAUCACAGUCUCCAGCACUGGGCUAAGCUUAAAACAGACACAAACUACCUCCAGUAAGACGACCUUCCCCGUCCCACCCACCAGGGGGCUUGGCUGGUCACCAAUGUGCAGGGAAUGAGAGUCCCAGUUUUUAAUCUAACUGCUAUUGUCAGAAUUUCCCAGAUGAUUUUUUAAAUCUCCGUUGAAAGCAGAUUAAGUAGCUGCUACUUCUACUACUACUUCUGCUUCUUUCUGUGGUACCAAAGGAUUCAACUCUUUGUCUCACUGAGUAUAUAUGAGGGGCCCCAAGCACCCUUCUCUUUAAAGUAGAUUCCCAGUUAUCUCACGGUGCUUUCUAAGGAUGCCCAGGACUGGGCUAGGCCUUUCCGCUUAGACCCACACCAGAAGCAAACUAAGCCAAGUAAGAGAGCAGUGGGAGGUGACGAAAAAGCAGCACAGAGUCCUAUCCGGCUACAGUGCUUCCCAACCUGCAUGCAUGUUUGCACACACACACACGUGUGUGUGCAAACGUACACCCCCCUCCCCCAACUUUGGGGUCAGUGACUCUCACUGCAUGUAUACCAGUGCUGUAGGGCACCUGGAAGUCCACUGCAGGGCUCCACGUCCUGGUCACUGAAGGUUGGUUCUCUCAGGCCAUGGUUCCACGCCGUCUGUGAUUCUGGGACAGUAACCAGGCUAACAUAGACUGGAAGCCUCAAGGCAGGUCUAAGUAUCUUUACCACUUGAUAUUUUCCACCCGACAGUGUAUAAGCCUGAUGAAGGGGCUUGACAUGGCAGCUGCUGUAGCCUUCCUCUCUCAAGCCCCAGGAAAGGAAGCAUCCACCACAGGCUCACUGUAGCCAGACCAGAAAAGCCAACCAUCCUACUGCACAGGCCUGAGCCUUUUCUGUGGGUGGGGAAAGUGAAGCUUUACCAGUGGUUUCCUGGGAGACAAGAUACAAGAUAAGUCGCACAAGAACUACAACUGCAGAAGGGGAAGGAGUUGAGAGAUUAGGUGGAAGAGAGGCUAGGCUGGCCGAUCCACUGAACUCUCCUCUUCUGUUCUAAAAGGCAACUGUUAUAUUAGCCUCUUCCAUGCCCUUAAGUGCCACCUAAGAGGAGCUAGGGAAGGUGCUGUGAGACAUGGCAGACAAAAUUGCCUAUCUUGGCCAGAAUCUAGGGAACUUCUUGUGGCUGCGGGGAGAGGGAGUGGGUUGAAGAGAUGCAGCCAUGGACUUCCUUGGGAUGAUGGAGAGAGAAGAAUCAAAACUUUUCAGGAUCAGAGACAGGGCUUGGCACAGGCCAGAAUAGGGGGGAGAACUCCCAGUAGUCUUCCCCGGACCUUUUCUUUUUAUCAGCUUCAUCCUCUUGGCCAAACUCAGCCAUAGCAAAAACUGCUUUCAAAGGAUGAAAAAAUGCUUUAUAAGUGUAGGCUAUGGGGGCACUCUGGCAUCAACAUCUGUCAUUUCAUUGACUGCCAAGGUUGAUUUGUCUGAUGUGGCUAGCUGUGAGGUGUCUCCAUCCCUUACCACUUUGGUUGUGCUGCAUGAAGAGAAAAACACAACAGAGGAGGGGUGCCAUUUGGUCAAGAUUUUAUCA